CCUUUCUCUCUCUCUAUACACUUUUUCUCUCUCUACAAAACUAUAUCUAUACGAUAUUAUAUACAUACGGUUCCAUACACACAAUUCCACAUACAAAAUCAUUAACCAAUUUGAGUUCUUCAACCAGUAAAGUGUGAUCGAUCGAUCGAUUGAUUGUGUUAGGGUUUAAAUCCAAUUAGAUCUUUAACAACCGUUGAUUAGAUUCAUUGAUGGAGGUUGGAGUGGAUAAUUCACCGGAGAACGUCGGUGUUGCGAUGGAGUUUCCGGCCGUUGACGGUGAAGGUUUGUCUUCGCCACCAGUUAUGCCGCCGAGGCUUCGCCGGAGACUCACGGAAACAAAGGCGUCUCCGUCUAGUGUUGAAGAAAUUGAAUCGAAGCUUCGAGAUGCAGAUCUUCGUCGACAGAAGUUUUAUGAGCAUUUGUCAAGCAAGGCGCGAAUAAGGCCCAGGAGUCCUCUACAAUCUGCAUACAAUGAAGACCUUGGCCAACGGCUACAUGCAAAGCUUCUAGCUGCUGAACAGAAAAGAUCAAGCAUUUUGGCAAAAGCUCAGCUACGUCUAGCUAAGCUGGAUCAACUGAGGCAAGCAGCCAGAACAGGGGUAGAAGUGCGUGUUAAGAAGGAAUGUGCAGAGCUAGGGACAAAAGUGGAAUUGCGCGCGAGGCAGGCAGAGACAAACAGAAUGAGAAUCUUGAGAGCCUACAGACAACGAAGGGCCACAUUAAGGGAAAGAACAUCUCAAUCUCUUACAAGAAGAAUUGCUCGUGAGAGUAAGUAUAAAGAGUGUGUUGGCGCUGCUAUUUCUCAAAAACGGGCUGCAGCUGAGAAGAAAAGAUUGGAAUUACUGGAAGCUGACAUGGAAAGGGCACAUGCCAGGCUUUUACAAGUAAGAAAGGUAGCCAAAUUCGUCUCUCAGAAGCGAGAGAUUGAAAGAAGGAGAUUAAGAGAGAGUUUGGAAGAUAAACUACAAAGGGCAAAGAGACAGAGAGCAGAAUACCUGAUGCAUAGGGCAAAACUACUUAAUUCUGUAGGUGCUAAUUGGACCAAGAAGACGCAGAAGCAAGCUGACUAUCUUUCUAGAAAAUUAGCAAGGUGCUGGAGAAAAUUUCUCAAGCGGAAAACCACCUUUGGAUUGGCGAAAAAUUAUUCUGCUCUAAACAUCAAAGAGGAACAUGUAAAGUCAAUGCCAUUUGAGCAGUUUGCAGUCCUGAUUGAAACACCCUCUAAGCUUCAGACUACAAAAGCUUUAUUUGACCGCCUCGAGAUCCGUUACAAAGCUGUAAUGAGCACGGCAUCUAGCAUCAAUUACAACGGUCAGAGUAACAUUGAUCACCUCCUUAAAAGAGUUUCUUCACCUAGCCGGAGAACUACACCCAGAACCCCUGCCCACACUAGACACGUAAAGAAACCUGGUCCCACCAGAGCGGUCUCCAAGACAUCUAUUGUCAAGCUGUCAAGGUACCAAGUGAGAAUAGUGCUAUGUGCGUACAUGAUUGUGGCUCAUCCCGAUGCGGUUUUUAGUGGUCAAGGGGAGCGUGAGACCGCUUUAGCCGAGUCAGCUAAGAAGUUCGUUCAUGAACUCGAGUUGUUGAUUAAUAUAAUACUACAUGGACGUUGUGAAGAUUCCGAACCAGUGUUGCCUAAACGUACCUUUCGGUCACAGCUGUCAGCUUUUGAUUCGGCAUGGUGCGCCUACCUGAAUAGCUUUGUGGUAUGGAAGGUUAAGGAUGCUGAGUCUUUAGAGGAGGAUCUGGUGAGGGCUGCUUGCCAGAUGGAAAUCUCGAUGAUGCAAAAAUGCAAACUGACACAUGAAGGAGAUAAUGUUGAUCUUACACAUGAUAUGAAAGCUAUUCAGAAACAGGUUACGGUGGAUCAACAACUGUUGAGGGAAAGGGUAAGGCACCUUAGUGGAGAUGAAGGAAUAGAGCGUAUGCGUAAUGCUCUUUCUGAUACACGGACAACAUACUUUAAAGCAGUUGAGAAUGGUAACUCUGUGGGCUCACCAGUUGUGCGUAUACCGCCAUCUUCGUCCUUGCUGGUAACACCAACUGCUGACUCAGACAAAAAGAACAAAAGUGAAGAGGCUAGCCGUGUGGUUCGUGCCCUAUUCAAAGAUGACGAUUCCAAAGUUGUCGGCUCUUCUGCUGCUAGCAGUAGAUCUCCAGAAAGUCAGUUAAAUCAUUCUGGUGAGAUUGUCAGCAUGGAGAAUGAGUUAAUCGUGAAUGAAUUUGUUCAUGGACAGCAGUACUCAUCCGCCAGUAAUUUGAAUGGUACUAAUGAAGAUCAAACAGUGGUCAAGGUACGGAAGACAAUGGAAAAAGCUUUUUGGGAUGGCAUAACUGAUUCUAUACAAGAAGAUAACUAUGAUCGUGUCGUUGAACUCAUGAAGGAGGUGAGGGAUGAACUAUGUGAGAUGGCUCCUCAGAGUUGGAAACAAGAGAUUAUUGAAGCUAUCGAUGUGGUUAUUCUUUCUCAGUUGUUGAAGUCUGACAGUUUAGACAUGGAAUAUCUCGGGAAAAUUAUGGAGUUUGCGUUGGUGAGUUUGCAGAAGCUUUCAGCUCCAGCUAAAGAAAUCAAUCUCAAGGAUGCCCAUCAGAAAGUUUUAAGAGAACUAGCUGAUAUAUGUCGGGCAGAUGAUUCCAACCGUUCACAUGCUAUAGCAUUGGUUAAGGGCUUGCGUUUUGUCCUUGAACAAAUACAGGCACUCAAGCAAGAAAUUAGCAAUGCUCGUAUAAAGAUUAUGGAACCGUUACUGAAGGGGCCUGCCGGUUUGGAGUAUCUAGGAAAAGCGUUCACGAAGCGGUUUGGUACACCAUCUGAAGCUUCCACCCGCCUUCCAUUGACCAUGAGGUGGCUUUCAUCUUUAGGGCCUGCAUACGAUCAAGACUGGAGUGACCACAAACGGGUUCUUUCAGGCUUGCAAGAUGGUUCACCAUCAGAAAAGCUAGUGCUUCCUUCCACCGCUCUUAGAACUGGUGGAAGCUUCUCUAAUGGAUUACAAACUUCAACCCCUGUUUCCAUAACUGACGAUGUUGCAGAUAAUAGGUACCCAGAAUGCAAGGGAGAAAGGCGUGAUUUGCUCGUGAGACUCGGUUUGCUGAAACUGGUGAAUGAUGUUUAUGGUGUGACCCAGGAAGAGUUGCCUGAAACAUUGAAGCUUAACUUUCUCAGGCUGCGGCUGGUGCAGGCUCAACUCCAGGAGAUCAUUGUUACUGCUACCAGCAUUCUAGUCCUUCGUCAAACACUCGUGAUGGAGAAAAUGAUAUCAAGCCAUGAGGAGAUGGAGACCACAAUACAAAAAUGCUGCACGGAGCUUUUACGGAUACUAGACACGGUAGAGAACACAGGUCUUGAGGAGAUUGUUGAAGUUCUUAGCAAAACCGCAGACGGUUUUGAUAAAUCCAAUGAUACAACCAAAUCCGAGUCGAGAAGACUUGUCAUGGCAAGAAUGCUGAGGAAAAGCGUACAAGCUGAGGACUCGGUUUUUGUGAAGGUGUCUAGAGCAGUGUAUUUGGCUACUAGAGGGGUUGUGCUCGGUGGCAGUGGGAACCAUGGAAGACUACUGGCGGAGAUGGCUCUCCGCCAGGUGGGGGCGGCUGUUCUUACGGAUAGGGUGGUGGAAGCCGGAAAGGUGUUGGGAGUGAUGGCGAGUGUAACCGAGCGUGUUCAUGGGCCGUGGUACGACCGGUUGAUUGAGAAUGUGUGAUUAUUUGACUGGACUUUGGUUUGGUUUGUGUUUUGUACAUAUAUGUGGUUAUGAUUUGUGUAGUGAUUUAUGUUCGUAGUAAAUAGGAUAAGGGUGACAUGUAUAAACUAAUCUGGCCGCUAAUCUAAGUGAGUGAAUUAAUAAAAAGAUAUUGUAUGACCGUGACAUGAAAAUAUAGGAGUUGGCUAAA